GGGGGAACCCCUGUCCGCGCCGGACCGCUCUUGCGGCAGCCGCCUAGUAACUCUUUGUGUGUCUCUUGGUUUUCAGAGAUGCCCCUGUACUUUGUGGACUUACAGGAUGACUUAGACGAUUAUGGAUUUGAAGACUAUGGUCCAGAUUGUGACAGCAUGAGGGUCACGGCCUUCUUGGACAUCCCAGGCCAAGAUAACCUGCCUCCUCUCACUCGCCUGGAGAAGUAUGCUUUCAGCGAGAAUAUCUUCAGCCGUCAGAUUAUUGCCAGAGGGCUGCUUGAUAUCUACCAGGACUUCAGUAACAAUGAAGAAAACUUCCUAACAGUGAUGCAGAUUGUAGUCAGAUUGUCAGAAGACCCAGAGCCCACAGUGCGGACUGAGCUGGUAGAACAGAUUCCUCCUGUUGCUGUUUUUUUUUUUUUACCAGAAAACAGAUCCAAUUUUCCAGUGGUGUUCUCUGAAUAUCUCAUACCUAUUGUGGUGCGAAACCUCACAGAUUCGAACAACCAGGUUAGAAAACCAAGCCAGGAAGUGCUCUUGGUUCUUCUGGAACAAGGUCUAAUUUUCCAACUUGAUAUUGAAAAUAAAGUGUCUCCAAUUCUGCUGGAGCUCUCUGCCCCGGACAGCGAUGAUGACUACAAGGCUGAAGCCCUCAUCUGCAAAAUGGCUUCCAUGAUGAGUAAGAGCACAGUUGAACGCCUGCUGCUCCCUCGGUUCUGCGAGCUGUGUGGGAAUGGGAAGCUCUUUCAAGUUCGAAAGAUGUGUGCUCCAAAUUUUGGUGAUAUUUGUCAUGCUAUUGGACAAGAAACCACUGAGAAAUUUUUGAUCCCAAAGUUUUUUGAGCUCUGCUCAGAUGAUGUCUGGGGGAUGCGGAAAGCCCGUGUUGAAUGCUUCCUGGCCGUGUCCUGCUGCUCCUCCCCUGCUGUCCGCAGAGCCCUGCUCUCGCUCUUCAUCAGACUCAUCAGCGACCCCUGUCGAUGGGUGUGCCAGGCUGCUUUUCAGUCCCUCGGCCCCUUCAUUUCCACCUUUGCAAGCUCCUCCAGGGCUGGCCUUUGUAUUCGAGAGGACAGCACCCUGACCAUCGGACCACCACCAACUCGGGAUUUGGACUCCAAUUUUGUCCCUGUCUCGCCCAUUCUGGGCAGCUGUGGGGAUACUUCCUCAGCCAGUUCGGCCAGGCCUGUGCAGAUGAAGCCGGGUCUACCCGCGGAAGGGACAUCCGCAGAAGCCAGUAACUACCUGCACAUCAGUAGCUCUUCUAACGGCCUCACGGAAAACCCAGUGGAAGACUCUGCUUCGGCAGGGGCUGACCUGGCCGGGCUUUCCCCAGAGCCAGUGCCUUCUCAAAGCUUCCUGACCUAUGUGCAGUCUGAAGUCAGUGCCAAUGGGAGUGUGGCUAGCUCUUGGGUGGAUCUGAGCAGCAGGGAUUUGAACCACCUGUCGUUGAUUAUCUCUCACGGAAGCACAAUAGCUUCCUUUCUUCUUGCCUCCCAGGAUGUGAUACCUCAGCCCCUGCUGGAUCAGUAUGUGUACAUGACUGACUCAGCUCAAGCACAGACUGUCGACACUGACAUAGCCAAGCACCAUGCGUACAGCCUCCCUGGGGUGGCACUGACCCUGGGCAGGCAGAAUUGGCACUGCCUGAAGGACACGUACGAAGCACUGGCAUCCAACAUGCAGUGGAAGGUACGUCAGAUCCUGGCCUCCUCUCUCCAUGAGCUGGCUGUGAUUCUUGGGGAUCAGUUAACAGCAGUUGACCUGGUGCCCAUCUUCAAUGGAUUUUUAAAGGAUCUGGAUGAAGUACACACAGGAGUUCUUAAACACCUGUAUGAUUUUCUAAAGUUGCUUCAUGAAGACAAGAGGAGAGAAUAUCUUUAUCAGCUUCAAGAAUUUGUAGUGACCGAUAACAGCAGGAAUUGGAGGUUUCGAUAUGAACUAGCAGAACAGCUGAUUCUGAUUCUGGAGCUCUGUGGCCCGGAUGACGUCCAUGAGUACCUCGUGUACGUCGCUCUCAGGCUGUGUGCAGACAGGGUUUCUGAAGUGCGGUCGACUUCCUGCAAGCUAGUUGUGGCAAUUCUGCAGAAGUUUUAUUCCAACAGUGAAAGUACAUUGGGGUUAAAUUUCAUCAACGAACUCAUCGUAAGGUUCCGGCACUGUCCCAAGUGGGUCGGAAGGCAAGCUUUUGCUUUCAUCUGUCAGGCGGUGGUGAGUAAGGAGGGCGUGCCUGUGGGCGAGUUCACAGAGCACCUGCUUCCCAGCCUCUUGAGCCUUGCGUCUGACCCCGUGCCCAACGUAAGGGUCCUACUGGCCAAGACGCUGAGGCAGACGCUGUUGGAGACAGCAUAUUUUAGAAAUGCUGGUAACCCUCAUCUUGAAUUCAUUGAAGAGACCAUCUUAACUCUACAGUCAGACCUGGACCAGGAUGUUUCCUUUUUUGCCACCCUAGAACCAAAGGAGCGGAAUAUCAUAGACACUACCAUACCAGAAAAGCAGAAUUGA